AUGGAGAAAUCACUGAGGGGUUACACGGUGAAAUUCGUUAAUCCAAACAUUUCAGACCCAACCAUCCAUGCUCCUACGUUCGCCCAUACCAACUGUACAAUCUACUCAGGAGAUCAAGACGCUAGCGGAGAUAGCCAUCGCUUGGCAUUCCAAAUGAACCUCGAAGCUGGACAAGCUGUGCUAGCUACAUCCAAACAGGCACGCGCUGCACACUUUAUUGGAUUUAGGGUUCCCUCUGGUCUGGAUAACGCCCCAAUUAACCGCAUUCACCCCAGCAAAGCUUACGCUAUUUUUGGCUACUUGGUACUGACGCUGUUCAAACAGAUCAACGACGAGAACAGCUACCAACGCUACACAAUCAACACGCUGAAAGCUUUGUUUGCGGUUGCUGGUUAUGAAGUAGCUGAAGAUGAAGACCAAACGAUAUUUAAUGACAUGUUUCAUGCAAAAACUUACAGGACCAUCUUUGGGCAGAAUUUUGGGCUGAGAAAGCGGAUAACUGAAUGCAUCAUCGAGAAGAGGGCUCUGACCACCUCGCGUUUGGGUAGUGUUUGUUCGUAUGUGUGCUGCAUCCUAGGCUGGUAUGAGAUGAACACUCUCAUUAACAUCGUCGAAACACUGCUGAUACCAAGGUCACCUCUUCUUUAUGCCCCAGAAAUGAGAGCGGAAAUUGUGAACGUUGAGAAAGCUUUAAGAGCAGUCUUGGCUAGCAAUAUGCCACAGUUUUUCAGGAUCCUGAACCCACCUCAUGAAACCGAGGUGAUGAUGGGAGCAAAUUUUCCAAAGUUGGCUGCGAUUGCUACCAAGCUCAAAGGCAGUACUGAGACUAAUGCAAUGCUUGGUCAGGUAGGACAGCGGAAUUUCUUCCAGACAAUGGAUUACCUGACUCACUUCAGCCCAGCUGAUGAAGAUUAA